CUGUGCAGCGAAGCGGCGUUAGGGGUAUAAAAAGCACAGUCAUCUCUGGCUGAGCCUUCUGCCGGCGAUUUUGAGGAGACACACGCCCUUCACGGAAGCUCGCAGGACCUGCACGCCCUCCAAAGAGACAGGAUGCGAGAGAUUGUUCAUAUUCAAGCCGGCCAAUGUGGCAAUCAAAUUGGAGCCAAGUUCUGGGAGGUGAUCAGUGAUGAACAUGGCAUCGACCCCACUGGAAACUACGUGGGUGACUCAGACCUCCAGCUGGAGAGGAUCAGCGUCUACUACAAUGAGGCUUCCUCCUCUAAAUAUGUUCCUAGAGCCAUUCUAGUGGAUCUGGAGCCUGGCACCAUGGAUAGUGUUCGAUCUGGAGCCUUUGGCCAUCUUUUUAGACCUGAUAACUUCAUUUUUGGUCAGAGUGGAGCGGGAAACAACUGGGCCAAAGGGCAUUACACAGAGGGAGCAGAGCUGGUGGACUCAGUGCUGGAUGUGGUGAGAAAGGAGUGUGAGAACUGUGACUGCCUCCAGGGCUUCCAGCUCACCCACUCACUGGGUGGAGGCACAGGCUCAGGCAUGGGCACGCUGCUCAUCAGCAAAGUGAGGGAGGAGUAUCCCGACCGCAUCAUGAACACCUUCAGCGUGGUGCCUUCCCCCAAAGUGUCUGACACAGUGGUGGAGCCCUACAAUGCCACUUUGUCCAUCCACCAGCUGGUGGAGAACACGGACGAGACCUACUGCAUAGACAAUGAAGCCCUCUACGAUAUCUGCUUCCGCACCCUCAAGCUGGCCACGCCAACCUACGGUGACCUCAAUCACCUGGUGUCGGCCACCAUGAGCGGAGUCACGACCUCUCUGCGCUUCCCGGGCCAGCUUAACGCUGACCUGCGCAAGCUGGCUGUCAACAUGGUGCCUUUCCCCCGCCUGCACUUCUUCAUGCCUGGCUUUGCUCCUCUGACGGCACGUGGCAGCCAGCAGUACCGAGCACUGACUGUGCCCGAGCUCACACAGCAGAUGUUUGAUGCCAAGAAUAUGAUGGCCGCCUGCGACCCGCGUCACGGUCGCUACCUCACCGUGGCGACGGUGUUCCGUGGCCGCAUGUCCAUGAAGGAGGUGGAUGAGCAGAUGUUGGCCAUCCAGAGCAAGAACAGCAGCUACUUUGUGGAGUGGAUCCCCAACAAUGUUAAGGUGGCCGUCUGCGACAUCCCUCCCAGGGGCCUCAAGAUGUCCUCCACCUUCAUCGGCAACAGUACAGCUAUCCAGGAGCUGUUCAAACGUAUCUCUGAGCAGUUCACCGCCAUGUUCCGCCGCAAGGCUUUCCUCCACUGGUACACGGGCGAGGGCAUGGACGAGAUGGAGUUCACCGAGGCCGAGAGCAACAUGAACGAUCUGGUGUCCGAGUACCAGCAGUACCAGGACGCCACGGCUGAGGAGGAGGGAGAGAUGUACGAGGAUGAUGAUGAGGAGUCAGAGGCCCAGGUCCAAAAGUAAACACUCCAGAAGUAGCAAACUCCAUCCCCAUAUACAUCAACUGCUCUACACCAGAACACAUUUCUGAGUGUGCUCCUGGCUAAAGUAUCUUAAUCUAAACUCUCACUUCUCUCUCUUGUAGUUUAACCUUCAUGUUAGCCAUUCGUGCCAGUUGAAACAGUAGUUCCCUUUACUGUUCCAUGACACCUUCUUUAUAAUACUGUAUUUGUUGCUGUCCACUGACUAAUCUUAAAUAAACAAAUGUUUCAAGUGUA